AUCCACGUGCCUCAGGCUCCCAAAGUGCUGGGAUUACAGGUGUAAGCCAUCGUGCCUGGCCUCAAUUACAUUCUUAAGUGACCAUUUUUGAAAAUGUAGGACUAGAGUGAUGGUUAGGUCUUUUGAUAUUUUAAGGAAAACCAUGUUAAUGUUGAAUAGGAAUAAGUUUAUGUUGGAAAAAUAUUGAGGCAAUCACAACUCAUUUUGGAAACCGAGCUGCUGUAUGUAGUACAACCCAGUUUAUACUAACAUUGUUAAGGCACAGCUCUCUUUUUGCACUUUUCUUUUGGAAUUUAUUUUUUGUAAGUCCAUAAAACAUAACUAUAAAAAUUUCAUUUUAGUAAAAGCAGUGUCUUUCUAUAGCUUAUCUGAGAAAUAUAGCAAAUUUUUGUUAGGUAUAAGCUUAGUAAAUUACAGACUUAAAAGUAUAUGAGCUUGAAAUAUGAUUGAAUAGUGGUAGACAGGGUAUGAAAUUUCACAGUAUUUCAUAGUAUAUGAAAUUGUAUACAGUGUAUAAAAUUGCUUAUUUUAUAGUAUAUGAAAUUAUCUUUUCAGUAGCCUUUGUCAUUGCUCAGGUGACGUUCCACAUUAUUUUUCCCUAACAGGUCACUUAAAUUGCAUUGAAAGGGUUUGAAGUAACAUAAUAAUAUCUAAAUUGUCAAUGAAUAAAUGAAUCUCUAAAGCCCAAAAUGAAGUUCUCUUUCUUUAGCAGACACAGAGUUCCUUGUCUUUGAAGGUUAUCUAUGACUGCACAUUUUCCUCGUCCAUCAGAUUCGUACUGAGGAGUAUGAAUCUUGCCUAAGCAAGAAUGGACUGCUGAAUUAUGAAGUAUUUCAGACCCAAUAGUAGAACAUCACUCUGCCACUCACUCCUUUAUCUCCUACUAGUUAUUUAAAUUGGACUUUUAAUAUCCUACCAGCUGCUCUUCAGACACACAUGGUGCAUUGUUGCCAUUCCCCAGAUUGCAUCUUUGAAACACAGGCUCUUAGUAACCUUCAGCGAACAAAGAGGCAACCUCCCAGAUACGUCUGCUGGGAGGGAGUCAUCCUGACUGCCCUCUAGCUUUUGCUGGAUCUGGAUUUGAAUUCCACUAUGGAGCCUCGCAUGGAGUCCUGCCUGGCGCAGGUGUUGCAGAAGGAUGUGGGGAAACGAUUGCAGGUUGGCCAAGAACUGAUAGACUAUUUCUCAGACAAACAGAAGUCUGCUGACCUUGAGCAUGACCAGACCAUGUUAGAUAAACUUGUGGAUGGACUUGCUACCUCUUGGGUGAACUCUAGCAAUUACAAGGUGGUUCUGCUGGGCAUGGACAUCCUGUCCGCCCUGGUGACCCGGCUGCAGGAUCGGUUCAAGGCGCAGAUCGGCACAGUGCUGCCAAGUCUAAUAGACAGACUAGGAGAUGCUAAAGACUCUGUGAGGGAGCAGGACCAAACUCUGCUGCUAAAGAUCAUGGAUCAAGCUGCUAAUCCCCAGUACGUAUGGGACAGAAUGCUCGGAGGCUUCAAACACAAGAAUUUCCGUACUCGAGAAGGCAUCUGUCUCUGCCUUAUAGCAACACUCAAUGCCUCUGGAGCGCAGACUUUAACACUAAGCAAGAUUGUGCCACAUAUAUGCAACUUACUUGGAGAUCCAAACAGCCAGGUUCGAGAUGCAGCAAUAAACAGCUUAGUGGAAAUUUACAGACAUGUAGGAGAACGUGUGAGGGCAGAUCUCAGUAAAAAAGGAUUGCCACAGUCCCGAUUGAAUGUAAUUUUUACAAAAUUUGAUGAAGUCCAGAAAUCUGGAAACAUGAUACAAUCUGCAAAUGAUAAAAAUUUCGAUGAUGAAGAUUCUGUGGAUGGUAACAGACCUUCCUCUGCUAGUUCUACGUCAUCCAAGGCUCCACCGAGUUCUCGGAGAAACGUUGGAAUGGGAACCACCCGCCGUCUUGGUUCAUCCACCCUGGGAUCCAAGUCUUCAGCUGCAAAAGAAGGAGCUGGUGCUGUGGAUGAAGAAGAUUUUAUUAAAGCAUUUGAUGAUGUACCUGUAGUACAGAUUUAUUCCAGCCGAGACCUUGAGGAAUCCAUAAACAAAAUUAGGGAAAUACUAUCUGAUGACAAGCAUGAUUGGGAACAGAGAGUAAAUGCUCUAAAAAAGAUUAGAUCUUUACUUUUGGCUGGUGCCGCUGAGUAUGAUAACUUCUUUCAACAUUUGCGUCUUUUGGAUGGAGCCUUUAAACUCUCUGCUAAGGAUCUGCGGUCUCAGGUAGUGCGGGAGGCUUGUAUCACGUUGGGACAUCUGUCAUCAGUUCUGGGGAAUAAGUUUGACCAUGGAGCCGAAGCCAUUAUGCCAACUAUCUUUAAUUUAAUUCCAAACAGUGCCAAAAUUAUGGCCACGUCUGGUGUUGUAGCUGUUAGGUUAAUUAUUCGGCACACACACAUCCCUAGGUUAAUACCUGUCAUAACAAGCAACUGUACCUCUAAGUCUGUCGCUGUUAGAAGGCGCUGUUUUGAAUUUUUAGAUUUGCUUUUACAAGAAUGGCAGACACAUUCACUAGAACGACACAUAUCAGUAUUAGCUGAAACAAUAAAGAAGGGAAUACAUGAUGCUGAUUCCGAAGCAAGAAUAGAAGCCAGAAAAUGUUACUGGGGUUUCCACAGUCACUUCAGCAGAGAAGCAGAGCACUUAUACCACACCUUGGAGUCCUCCUACCAGAAAGCCCUGCAGUCCCACCUGAAGAACUCAGACAGCAUAGUGUCUCUGCCUCAGUCAGACCGCUCGUCUUCCAGCUCUCAAGAGAGUCUAAAUCGUCCGCUGUCUGCCAAAAGAAGUCCUACUGGAAGUACCACAUCUAGAGCUUCUACAGUUAGUACCAAAUCUGUGUCAACAACUGGGUCCCUCCAGCGAUCUCGAAGUGAUAUUGAUGUGAAUGCAGCAGCCAGUGCCAAAUCCAAAGUCUCCUCAUCUGCGGGCACGACGCCUUUCAGCUCUGCAGCGGCUUUGCCUCCAGGGUCAUACGCAUCCUUAGAGUCCAGACACAUGAGGGAAGACAUGGAGUACAUAGGCCUGGACUCAGAUGGUACUACCACUAAAGCGGAGGGUCGGAUCCGCACAAGACGGCAAAGCUCUGGGAGUGCCACCAACGUCGCCUCUACACCUGAUAACCGGGGCCGCAGUCGCGCUAAAGUGGUUUCACAGUCCCAGCGAUCCAGAUCUGCUAAUCCUGCUGGUGCUGGCAGCCGGUCAAGUUCCCCAGGAAAAUUGUUGGGAAGUGGUUAUGGUGGACUUGCUGGGGGCUCCUCACGAGGCCCACCUGUGACACCGUCCUCAGAAAAGCGAAGCAAGAUUCCCAGGAGCCAGGGAUGUAGCCGGGAAACAAGUCCAAACCGAAUAGGAUUAGCACGGAGCAGCCGUAUCCCUCGACCCAGCAUGAGUCAGGGGUGCAGCCGCGAUACCAGCCGUGAGAGCAGCCGAGAUACAAGCCCUGCUCGGGGCUUUCCUCCACUUGCCUCUCGACGUCAUUCCAGGUCCACUAGUGCUCUCUCCACUGCUGAAUCUGUUGGGCAGUCAGUAGAUCGAUUUGGGCUUGGCCAGCCAGGAAGAAUACCUGGUUCUGUGAAUGCCAUGAGAGUUCUGAGCACAAGUACAGAUCUUGAAGCUGCUGUUGCUGAUGCUUUGCUGUUAGGAGACUCCAGGAGCAAGAAGAAGCCUGUGAGGAGGAGAUAUGAGCCGUAUGGAAUGUAUUCUGACGAUGAUGCCAACAGUGAUGCCUCAAGUGUUUGCUCUGAGCGCUCAUAUGGCUCCAGGAAUGGUGGCAUUCCCCAUUACCUGCGGCAGACUGAAGAUGUAGCAGAAGUUCUCAACCACUGUGCUAGUUCAAACUGGUCAGAAAGGAAAGAAGGGCUUCUGGGCCUGCAGAACUUACUGAAGAGCCAAAGAACACUGAGUCGAGUUGAACUGAAAAGGUUGUGUGAGAUCUUCACCCGGAUGUUUGCUGACCCUCAUAGCAAGAUUGCUGAUUCAGAAGCAGAAUGUGAGGAUAAAGAAGGAAAUUUGUUUCCAUCAGAAGUCUCUUGUACAGUGAGUUUGGAGAGAGUUUUCAGUAUGUUUUUGGAGACUCUUGUGGAUUUUAUAAUAAUUCAUAAGGAUGAUUUACAAGACUGGCUUUUUGUUCUUCUCACACAAUUACUUAAGAAAAUGGGAGCAGAUUUACUUGGAUCUGUGCAAGCAAAAGUUCAAAAGGCUCUAGAUGUCACAAGGGACUCCUUUCCAUUUGAUCAACAAUUUAACAUUUUGAUGAGAUUUAUUGUGGAUCAAACUCAAACUCCAAACCUCAAGGUCAAAGUUGCAAUCCUGAAAUACAUUGAGUCUCUGGCCAGACAGAUGGAUCCAACAGAUUUUGUAAACUCUAGUGAGACAAGGCUUGCUGUUUCUAGAAUCAUAACCUGGACAACAGAACCAAAGAGUUCAGACGUGAGAAAGUCCUCGCUUCAGCGUAGUCGAGUAGGUGAGGAUUUCCCCACUAGGUCAGCUUCAACCUGCUCUGGGCCUGGAGAAGGAAACUUGGAAGAAAGUUGUAAACAGGCAGCACAAAUUGUGCUGAUCUCUCUGUUUGAAUUGAAUACUCCUGAAUUUACCAUGUUACUUGGUGCCUUGCCAAAAACAUUCCAGGAUGGUGCCACCAAACUCCUGCACAACCACCUCAAGAAUUCCAGUAACACCAGUGUGGGCUCUCCAAGCAAUACGAUUGGCCGAACGCCCUCCCGACACACCAGCAGCAGGACCAGCCCCCUAACCUCACCCACCAACUGUUCCCAUGGGGGUCUGUCUCCAAGUCGGUUAUGGGGUUGGAGUGCCGACGGGUUAGCGAAGCACCCACCUCCCUUUUCUCAGCCUAACUCCAUCCCCACCGCUCCCUCCCACAAGGCUCUCAGGCGCUCUUACUCUCCCAGCAUGCUGGACUAUGAUACAGAGAACCUGAACUCUGAAGAAAUCUAUAGUUCUCUACGUGGAGUUACAGAAGCCAUUGAAAAGUUUAGUUUUCGAAGCCAAGAAGAUCUGAAUGAGCCCAUUAAACGAGAUGGCAAAAAGGAAUGUGAUAUUGUGUCCCGCGAUGGGGGUGCUGCCUCCCCUGCCACCAGCGAGGUAGAAGGAGGCCGGACAGCUCUGGAUAACAAGACCUCGCUACUCAACACCCAGCCUCCGCGCGCCUUCCCAGGACCGCGGGCACGAGACUACAACCCGUACCCCUACUCAGAUGCCAUCAACACCUAUGACAAGACUGCCCUGAAAGAGGCUGUGUUCGAUGACGACAUGGAGCAGCUUCGAGAUGUGCCCAUCGACCAUUCUGACCUGGUGGCUGACCUUCUGAAAGAGCUGUCCAACCAUAACGAGCGAGUGGAGGAACGGAAGGGAGCCCUGCUGGAGCUGCUCAAGAUCACGCGGGAGGACAGCCUGGGUGUCUGGGAGGAGCACUUCAAGACCAUCCUGCUCCUGCUGCUGGAGACCCUCGGGGACAAAGACCAUUCUAUUCGAGCACUGGCGUUGAGAGUUUUGAGGGAAAUUCUGAGAAAUCAACCAGCAAGAUUUAAAAACUACGCCGAGCUGACGAUUAUGAAGACUCUGGAAGCCCACAAAGACUCCCAUAAGGAGGUGGUGAGAGCGGCUGAGGAGGCUGCGUCCACACUGGCCAGUUCCAUCCACCCGGAGCAGUGCAUCAAGGUGCUCUGCCCCAUCAUCCAGACGGCCGACUACCCCAUCAACCUUGCUGCCAUCAAGAUGCAGACCAAAGUCGUCGAGAGGAUCGCCAAGGAGUCGCUGCUGCAGCUCCUCGCCGACAUCAUCCCAGGCUUGCUGCAGGGUUACGACAACACCGAAAGUAGUGUGCGCAAGGCCAGCGUGUUUUGCUUGGUGGCAAUUUAUUCCGUAAUCGGAGAAGACCUGAAACCUCACCUUGCACAGCUCACAGGGAGCAAGAUGAAGUUACUAAACUUAUAUAUCAAGAGGGCCCAGACCACCAACAGCAACAGCAGCUCCUCCUCCGAUGUCUCCACGCACAGCUAAUGGCAGCACCUGUCUCUUGUGUAGACCUAGAAGCAAUCGGUGGUGCCUCUCAGAGACCUCUCCCCACCCCCUUCAUCGGCUGCCCUGUCAGUACAAGGAGGCCCACAAAUAUUUAUUACAAUCAGUAUUUUGGUCCCUUCCAGCUUUUCUGUAGAAUCUUACUGGUAUUGAAUGUAAAGGAAGCAAGGCCUGUAUUGCAGUCUUCAUACAAAAUGAAAGGAGUAAGAACAGAAAAGAGCCAUGCUGAAACAUGUCUUGUGCAGCCUGCUGCGAUGGCGAAACCAUGUGUGUGGGGUGCAGCUUUUAAAAAUCAGAGCGCUGGAGCCACUACUUGGUAGAAAGUAGCAUUUUUUUUUUUUUUCCAGUUAAUAACGGAUUUGGGGGUGGGGUGGGAUGUUACUUUGUGUUCCUCCUCCUUAGCCUAUUUUCUUGUGAGUAUGGUCUGUGUGGGGCCCCUUUCACAGCUGACACCAUGAAAGGUGACACAUCUUUAAGUUGUGUUCUGAGACCUACUAAAAAUGGGAAUCAAGUCUUGGCAAGAACGGUCUGAAGAUGGCCUUUUAACAAACGCUAGGAAUUUUUCUUGUCAUAUCCGGACUGGAGGCCGACUGCCCUGGCUUUCAGCAUAGAAUUGGGAGUGCACCCCAGCAGUCUCCUUCCAGCCCUCCCUAAUCAACUCCACAGACAAGGUCCUCACCCCAGAGCUUCCAUGCAAAGGAAUUCUUCAAAUUUAAAUCUGGACACAAAAAUAAGAUAAAUGUAUGGCAUCAUGUAGGGAUGCCUGAGAUGGCAGUUCGUGAAGCACAGAAGAUAAAAGAGAAGUCUUUCAUCUUUACUGCUGAGAUCCUUGGGAACACUGUUGUCAUGGGGGUUCUGCCAAGAUCCACAUCCCUGGGCUACUUGGUGAUUCCGAUUUAGCAGCAACCUCUUUCCUCUCCCCGAAGUUCUGCUGAAGCUGUUCAGUUCUAACAUGGUCUCAGUUAAUCUGGUAAAUGCCAUCUUUACCAUCUUAGUUCUGACUUCUCCAUUUAAUGUGGGAUUAAGAGCAAAGAAAAGCCUAGAGAGACUGGAUAUCACAGUUUUCUUAAUGUUAUAAACCGAAGUCGUUCCUUGAAUGUCUGUUGAUGAAAUAGUCACUGUUUAAGGAAAAUAAUUAUGAGGUGUAGCAGAUUGCAGAAAAACAGGAUUAGAAACACACUUAAAAAGAACACACGUUUAGAGUCUGUCUUCCUCCUCAAGGAACCACUACCCCCUUUUACACACACCUUUAGAGCCUGAUUACUCCAAUAAAAGCAACUAGAGGUUUGCAGUCGGUUUAAAUAAAUUUUGACUAAAAUUCUUAAGCCAAAUGGAAAUUCUUAAUGCAAUCAUGAGGACUUCUAUUGUCUCUUCCUGUUGUAUUAGAUCCUAUAAAUUGAACUGAUUUUUCCAUAAGGAAAACGCUUUUGAGAUUAAUUCUAAUAAUGUAUUUGCUAUUCCAGUGCAGAGCCCACUGCAACUGCUAGGACUGAAAGCAGACGCUGGGUGCCAGAGCACGUGGUUCUCACCAUCAUUUCCACAGACCCCUCUGCCCUGACCCUCCAGAUUGGAUGUAGGAAGCUGGGAAAGACUGAUGUUGUAUUUGGAAACAUGCGCUGAAAAUGAAGGCCUCAUAAUGUGUAGGAACAGUGAAGCCAGGGUGCUGACCGUGUGUGUGUGUGUUGUGUGGGGCGUGUGGUGUGUGUGUGGCGUGUGGUGUGUGUGUGUUUGUGCGUGCACCCUACACGUGUGGUACCUCACUGCUGCUGUUUAGGGAACUUGAGGGAUGCAUUUCAAGGGGUUGGGUAUUCCUGACUAGCUUUGGCUUAAAAUAUAGCAGGACCAGGUCUUUUGUUGAUAAAUACUGUUGGUUUAUUAAAAUGUCAUGAAUGGUAUUUCUUUUUUACACUCUACAAGUGAAUUAGGGAGUCUUCUGUUGACGCGUCUGUUGUAGGAAUGUGCGUCGGGCCAGGUUAUCCGUGAGUGUCUUUAUGCCUCAUGCAGUUAGACAGACCUUUCUCCUUGAGCUCUUUGACUCCAGAAGGCCCUGCAGUCCCCGGUGUACUGAGAAAGGAUCUUGAACAUCGCUGGACGUCCUCAUAGUACUCACAAAGGGCUAGCCUUGAAUGUCACUUGCCCAGUCUUCAGUCUCCUGACAAAGAGAGAUACAAUCAUGUCACAGGUCUCUUGGCCUCAAUCUGAAAACUGCUGCCGCCGCGCCGAGGAGACUCGCAUGCCGCCACCACCUCACUGGGAGGGCGCCGAGCCCACCGUCGCCCCCUAGACCCUGACAGCUGCAGCUGCCUUGCCUUGCCGCCGCCUCCCUGCAGGGCCCCUGUUCCAAUGAAAAACAGAACACACAAGAGCAGAGCACCUAGGCCUGUCUCUGCCUCCCCGUCUACCUGACUGGCCAGGGCCUGAGAGCCCUGCUGCUCCACUGCGGGGCCGGGAGGGCUGACUCCCUGCUUCCUCCAAGCUGCUGCCUCCCCUGCAGCCAGGGUCUGGGCAGGGUGCGGCCAGUCCUUGGGGCACGCAGCUUCCUUCAAGUGCACUGUGUGUGCUUUCCGGACCUGCGGCGAUGCCGCGGGCCUGCCUUUUCUACGCGCCUCACUAGCUUACCACCCUGUGCAGGUAAUGCAACUGACUUUGUCUCAUCAGCCUUUUUCUUUCCCUGCCACCCUUUAUUUAUCAAGCAUAAUGUUACACUUUAAAGGACAGCAAAUAAGAACUUUGUAGAAUCCCACCAGGACUUUGCUAACAAUAAUGUUUGGAAAUAAAGAAAUGCUCUGAAAAAUAUCAGCCACCAAAAUAGUUUUGUUGGCACUGUGUUCACACGCAUGGUCCCCACAUCCCCAGGUUGGGUGGGUUUUUUGGGGUUUUUUUUUUUUUGGUAUUUUUUUGUUUUUGGGCUUUUUCAUGUUACAUCCAUAUCUGUAUUUAUAUCUUAUUUGUUUCACUUUCAAGUGUAUCAUGGCAAAUGUACAGAUUUUUUUUGUUAAUAAUGUGCUAGGAUUUGCUAAAAAAGAAAACAAACAAAAAAAAAACCCUUUUGAGUUUGCCCUAGAAUAAAUGAGACUUAAUUCAA